AUGAGUAUCCCGAACAUCGCUCAGCAGCCUCCAUCUGGCGAAAACAUGACACCCCAAGAGAAACAGACCUAUGGUGAAUGGCUCAAAGAAGCCUACAGAAAGGGCUACGAGAGAUGGAUGCCCUGGAUUGAAGACCAGUAUCUGAGAUGGUUUGGAAAGGGCGAUAAUAAAGCGUCUUAUGCCACUAAGGACUCGCUCUCCAAAACAAAGGUUACCGGCGUGGAUCAAGUUGAUCAAGUGCAGGACGAUGUGCAUAAUCUUAUUGGUAACCAAGUUGGCGACAAGGGAUUAUUGAAGCCUGUGGGGCAGUUCGCUUCGAAGGAGGGAAUAAACCGUGCUGAGAGGAACGGGAAGGAGGAAGAUGGGUCAUAUGCUGCUUCUGGCCCUACGACUACAUUUACAGAUGCUGGAGCGAAGGGUGUUGGUAGUAUUGGAUCUGGAAUGGCGCAUGGUGCGCAGUCGGCUAAGGAUCUUACGACGGGGGGCCUAGCGAGUAUGAAGGGUCUUGUUUCUGGACAAAGUGAGAAGUGA